UAGCCCUUGACAAAACGAAGCAAAUUUACACCUAGUCCACACGGAAAGUACACUAGGGUUGCUCUCAUUCAAUUGCUACCAUCCCUCUCCCUCUCCCCUGAAAGUAGAUAACAGCAAAUAACAACAAUUUCCUAUAAGAUAAUUUAAAGCUAAAUUACCUUCCAAACAAUACCUUCAAAUUAAUUUCAUUUUCAUAUCCGCCGUUCCACCGCCGCCUCCGAGCAAUCGCGAAUUCACCUGGUAAAGCGCCGACAAAAGAGACGGUAGAGUGGAACCACACGAGAAAAACUUACUCUCCGGCCGCCGUGGAUGGGCCAAUCAGCUUCCACCACUACUGCAGUUCAAAAUCACAUCCAUCAUUCAAGGUCAAAAUCUAGAUCUACCGGCGUUAUCUCGCCGAUGAAGGAAAAUGAGGAUUCUGAGGAUGUUAUCGACGUGUUCGAGGUUGGAGAGUUUGAUUAUUCAUCUAAUAUACCGGAUGAGUGCGUGGCUUCUAUUUUCCAGUCUCUUAGCUCCGGUGACCGUAAACGCUGCUCCCUCGUCUGCCGCCGUUGGUUCCGGAUCGAAGGUCAAAGCCGUCACCGUUUGUCGCUCAACGCGCAAUCGGACCUUGCUUCUGUGAUUCCGUCCAUUUUCUCUCGGUUUGAUUCGGUUACGAAGCUCGCUUUGAAAUGCGACCGUAGAUCUACGAGUAUUGGAGACGAUGCGUUGGUCCUCAUCUCGCAGGGGUGCCGUAACCUCACACGUUUGAAGCUUCGAACAUGCCGGGAGAUUACUGACGCCGGAAUUGAAGCUUUUGCGAAGAAUUGCACGGGUUUGAAAAAGCUUUCUUGUGGAUUGUGUUCCUUCGGUGCCAAAGGCAUGAAUGCCGUGUUGGAUAACUGCUCCUCCCUUGAAGAAUUAUCAGUGAAACGGCUCCGUGGCAUUACAGAUGGCGCAGCGGCAGAGCCAAUCGGUCCUGGAAUUGCCGCAGCGUCUCUCAGAGUUAUAUGCUUGAAGGAGCUCUAUAAUGGACAGUGCUUUGGACCGUUGAUUAUAGGAUCGAAGAAUUUGCGGACGUUGAAGCUCUUCCGAUGCUCUGGAGAUUGGGAUAGGCUUCUGGAAGCAAUAGCUGAUCAGGUAAGUGAAGUGGUUGAAGUUCAUCUUGAGAGGCUUCAGGUUAGUGACAUUGGACUUGCUGCUCUCUCUAAAUGUUCGAAUCUUGAAAUUUUGCACCUUGUUAAAACGCCAGAAUGCACUAAUUUCGGCUUAGUGGCUGUUGCUGAACAUUGUAAGCUUCUCCGGAAGCUCCAUAUUGAUGGAUGGAAGACUAACCGGAUAAGUGAUGAAGGGUUAAUUUCUGUUGCUAAACAUUGUCCCAAUUUGCAAGAAUUGGUUUUGAUUGGUGUGAAUCCAACGCGUGCUAGUUUGGAGAAAUUGGCUGCAAAUUGUCUCAACUUAGAGAGAUUAGCUCUAUGUGGGAGUGAUACUGUUGGAGAUCCCGAGCUUUCGUGCAUAGCCGCAAAGUGUAUUGCAUUGAGAAAGCUAUGUAUAAAAAGUUGCCCUGUAUCCGACCAAGGUAUGGAAGCGCUGGCUAGCGGAUGUCCAAAUUUGGUAAAAGUGAAGGUUAAGAAGUGUAGAUUGGUGACUUCUGAGGCUGCAGAUAGGUUGAGGACCACUCGAGGUUCUCUUGCUGUGAACUUGGAUGCAAAUGAACCUGAAAUUCCUGAUGCAAGCACCAGUGAUUGUGUUGCGAAUGAGGUUGGCCAGGAAAAUAGGCAGAUGGCUAGCCAAGUAGGCGGCAGUGCUAAUAUUGCAUUAAGCAAUACUGGAAGGUCAAAUUCCUUUAAGGCAAGGUUAGGACUCAUAACGGGACGGAAUUUGAUGGCUUGUACAUUUAGAAGGUGGUCAAGCUUUGGUGGCAGUUUCAGUUCCAGAAAUAAUUAGAGAAGGCAUUGACUGAUUUUCAAUUGGAGAAACCAGCAUUGAUGUGUUCAAUCACAGUUCUGGGAUGCCGAGCUAUGUGAUUCUGCAUAACCACAAGAAUAUAGUGGGAUGAAAUCUUGUAUGAGGAUGAAGAUAAAGAUAUGUGGUGUGUGUCAUUAUCCAUAAAAAGUUCAUUUGCCUUUCCAACGUUCUGAAAAAACUGGUGAAUCUAUUAGUCACCUCUGGAGGUGUGGAUAAGCUCCAAUCACAUUGUUGCUGGAAUCUUUUAUUUAUUCAUUCAGCAAGGUUCAACUUAAUGAAUGGACUUGAACUUA